AUGGCUUCUCUCUCCCUGUACCAGCUGCUGCUGGUUCUCUGCGCGGCUCUCACACAUGCCAUCAAUCUCUGUCCCCUCCUGGGACCCAGCUGGCCUGCUGCCACGGGUCUCGCAAAUGAUCCCACCGUCAAAGCUGCGUUGCAGAGCAUCACGACUACCAUCCAGAAUGCCAUCACGGCCGGGAACUUUUCUGGAGAUUCUCUGUCCCUACAGAUCUUUGACACCAGUAGUUCUGAACCGUUGCUCUCGCUCUCAUACACGGCAACUGAUAUCAACACAACCAUUGGCGUGAACAAGGUGGACGAGAAUACCGUCUUCCGCAUUGGCAGCACUUCCAAGCUGUUCACCAUGCUCAUGCUCCUGAUUGAAGACGGGUUCGGUUCUCUGAAUGAUCCCGUUUCGAAGUACAUUCCUGAAAUUAAGGCCGCUGUUAUUGACAUGAAGCGGAAUUCCACGAAAGAAAAUGACGGGAUCGACUUUGUCAAGUGGAAUGAGGUGACGGUAGGAGAGUUGGCGAGUCAUUUGGCGGGUAUCCCGAGAGACUAUGGCCUCCUUGAUCUCACCGAACAGGCUUCUACGCUCGAGGCCCUAGGGUUUCCCGUUCUGCCCUCGGCACAGGUUCCGCCCUGCGGCAUACCGAAUGUCUGCAGCAGAAAGCAGUUCUUCAAUGGGUUGCUCCAGGGUCAUCCCAUCUUCCCCACAUCCACGACACCAAUCUACUCCAAUGCUGCCUUCCAGGUCAUAGGAUAUGUCGUGGAGGCGCUUUCCGGUGAAAUGUUCCAGACGGUCUUGAUGGAAGAUAUUAUCAAGCCACUGAAGUUGACUAACACCUUCUACUCCACGCCCAGCACCAAGCUUGGUGUUAUCCCUAAUACACAGGGCGAUUAUUAUUGGAAUUUCGCCAUGGGCGACGAAACACCUGCCGGCGGCAUUUACUCGUCCGCAAAGGACAUGGCCACCUUUGGCCGUGCCCUUCUCAGCAGUAGUCUGCUGCCCGCGGCAACCACCAGACGAUGGAUGAGGCCUCUCACCCACACCUCAUCACUUGACUACGCCGUCGGAGCGCCCUGGGAGAUCCUAUCAUUUGGCAACGAGCGCCCGAUUGACCUGUACACUAAAUCCGGCGAUAUUGGGACCUACUCCUCUGUGCUAGCUCUAGACCCAGACCACGGUGUCGGCUUCACAGUUCUUGGCGCAGGCGCCAACACGCACGAGUCUCUCGCGCUAGCCGCAGAUCUCAUUUCCGCUAGCCUGCUCCCAGCCCUAGACGUAGCCGCCAAGAACCAGGCCAACUCUCACUUUGCUGGAACAUACGCCCUGUCUACCCUCAACUCCUCUAUCACGAUCACCACAGAUGAUGGACCGGGCCUCGUCGUCUCGAGCUGGGUCAACAAUGGAACGAACAUGCUCAACAGCUACAUGGCCCUGAACGGGAUCACAGAUCCCUCGCAGCUCAGCAUCCGCCUGUAUCCAACUAGUCUCGAGAGUCCGGGUCAGCUUUCUUUCCGAGCUGUUAUUCCGCCGCAGCUGGGGGCUGGCAUUGGGCCAUUUACCUCCUCUUGCAUUACCUGGGUGACCGUUGACGGCGCGGUGUACGGUAAUGUGGGCCUCGAUGAGUUCCUCUUCAAGGUGGAUAAGAAUGGCAAUGCGGUUAGCAUUUCGCCGAGGGCGUUGCGGACUUCUUAUCCAAAGACUAGUUGA